GCAGAUUGUUUCUUGUGUUUUCCUGAACACUCCAGGAGAAGUUUGCCCUGAUGGCUCAGAAGGCUUACGUAAUGGAAAGUAUGGCCUACCUCACUGCAGGGAUGCUGGACCAACCAGGGUUUCCCGACUGCUCCAUCGAGGCUGCCAUGGUGAAGGUGUUCAGCUCAGAGGGCGCCUGGCAGUGCGUGAGCGAGGCGCUGCAGAUCUUCGGGGGCUCGGGCUACAUGAGGGACUACCCGUUUGAGCGCAUUCUGCGUGACACCCGCAUCCUGCUCAUCUUUGAGGUGAGUGCCCGCUCUCGAGCCUCCUGGUCCUCGGG